AUGGACAAGGAUAAGCUUGUCCAGCUGCUGCAGGCCAGCCAAGUUCCCGACACGGAACAGGUCAAGGCCGUGACAGCCGAUCUCCAGAAGAACUACUACUCCAAGCCCGAGUCUCUUCUGCUCCUCGUUGAGAUUGCUCUCACACACGGCGAUGCCCCCAUCCGACAGCUCGCCUCGGUCCAGGCCGCCCGCAUCGCGCCCAAGCACUGGGACAAUGUGCCCGACGACAAGAAGUCGAUGUGCCGCACCCACCUCCUCGAGGGCUCUCUCAAGGAGUCCUCGGCUGCCAACCGUCACUCUCUUGCUCGCUUGAUUGCCGACCUUGUCACUCUCGACAUGGAGAACCAGCAGGGCGAAGAGUUCCUUCAGCAGAUCAUUCCUCUCAACAACCACGACAACGUCGUGGCCCGCGAGGUUGGCUCUUACCUCAUCUAUGCCAUGCUGGAGAACGACCCUGUUCACUUCAGCGACCACACACACCAGCUUCUGCAGCUGUUCCGCUCUCGCAUCGAGGACCCGGACAGCAAGGACGUCCGCAUCAAUGUCGUCCGUGGUGUCGGUGCCAUCCUCAACAAUAUCAUUCCUGAGGAGGACCCCCAGGCCGUGGAGGCUGUUGCCAGUUUCCUUCCUGCAAUGGUCAACAUUCUUAAGGCUACUGUUGAGGCUGAGGAUGAAGAGAACUACAAGGUCGUCUUCGAAGUCUUCCACAACUUCAUUGCUUACGACUCCGCUCUCUUUGGCUCUCACCUCCAGGAGCUCCUUCAGUUCAUGAUGGACCUCGCCGGCAACAAGCAGGCCGAAGAUGAUGCUCGUUCGCAAGCCGUUGCUUUCCUUAUCCAGACGGUUCACUUCCGUCCCCGCAAGCUGCAGGCCAUGAACGACGUUCCUUCCCGAAUGAUGGUCGGUGCCAUGCACAUUGUUGCCGAGCUUGACGACGACGACGAUGACGAGGAUAUGUCUCCGGCCAGAUCCGCCAUCGGCCUCGUUGACGAGCUUGCCAACUCCCUUCCCCCUCGCCAGGUCAUCGUUCCUCUUCUAGAGCAGUUCCCUACCUUUGCUAGCAGCCAGGACCCCAGUUACAGAAUGUCUGCCAUGCUCUCUCUCGGCAAUGCUGCUGCUGGUGCUCCCGACUUCAUCUCCACCCAGCUUGAGCCUCUGCUGCCUACCAUUGUCAGCCUCCUUGUUGACAAUGAGCUCAAGGUUCGCCACGCUGCUCUUGUCGGCCUGAUCCAUCUCGCUGAGGAGAUGGUUGAUGAGAUGGCUUCUCACCACGAGCAGAUUCUCUCUGCCGUGCUCAAGAAUCUCGAGGCUGCUUCACAAGCUGGCAAUGACAAGAAGAACGUUGCCAUCAUCCGCUGUGCCUGCGGUGCCCUCGACACCUUCGGUGACGGCAUUGAGAACAAGGUCAUGGCCCAAUACGGCCCUAACCUGAUUGCCCCCAUGGUCAAGCUCCUGAACCACGACGAUUUUGGCGUCCGUGCUGGCGCUGCUUCUGCUAUCGGCGCCAUUUCUUCCUCUAUGGAGGGUAACUUCCAGCCUUACUUCGAGGAAGUGAUGAAGGCACUCGGCAAGUUUGUCACGAUCAAGGAAACCGACGAAGAGAUGAACCUUCGCAGCGCCACUUGCGAUAGCUUGGGCCGCAUUGCCACUGCUGUUGGCUCCGAGGCCUUUCAGCCUUACGUUAUGGACCUCAUGAAGGCCAGUGAGGAGGCCCUCCACCUCGACAACCCCAGACUUAAGGAGACUAGCUUCAUUCUCUGGUCCAGCCUCUCCAAGGUCUACCAGGAGCAGUUCGGCCACUUCCUCGACGGCGUUUUCAACGGCCUCUUUUCCUCGCUUGAUCUUGAAGAGGAGGAGAUAGAUCUUCCCGGUGUUGACGCCAGCCAGCUUGGCGAAGGCUCCAUCGUUGUUGGUGGCAAGAAGAUCAAGGUCAAGACGAACUCUAGCGAGGACGAUGUUGCCAUUGCUACUGGUGGUGCUGACGAGGAUGACUGGGCUGACCUGGAGGACUUUGAGGAUCUCGGCGCCGUCACUGCCGUAGCUCUUGAGCAGGAGAUUGCUCUCGAUGUUCUCGGCGACGUCAUCGCCAACUCUUGCAACAGCAGCAACCUCGAGACUUACACCGAAAAGACGAUUGAGAAGAUUACUCCCUUCGCCGAGCACACAUACGAGGGUUGCCGCAAGUCUGCCAUCUCCACUCUUUGGAGAAUCUACACCCGCGUGUUCCAGAUCUGGGAGACAAAUGCUGGCGUCAAGUGGGAGCCUGGCAUGCCUCCCAAGCACACCCCCCCUGCGUCCAUUGUCAGCAUAGGCCAGGCUCUCCAGCAGACCACCAACAACCUCUGGGCCGAAGACGGCGAACGGAGCGUCAUUACGGAUAUCAACCGCAAUGUUGCUGCUGCUCUCAAGGCAUGUGGUCCUGCUGUUCUCGCCUCCAACUCUGAGAUGCUUCAGGAGAUCGUCUCAGUCAUCACCUUGAUCAUCACCCGCUCGCACCCCUGCCAGCAAGAUCUCGGUGACGAGGAAGGCGAGCAGGAGAUCGACGCUGGCUCGUCGGAAUACGAUUGGCUUGUUGUCGAUACUGCUCUUGAUGUUGUCAUUGGCCUGGCUACCGCCCUUGGUCCCUCUUUCGCUGAGCUCUGGAAGAUCUUUGAGAAGCCCGUUCUCAAGCUCGCCAGUUCCACUGAGGAUCUUCACCGCUCCACUGCCGUCGGCACCAUUGCCGAGGUCCUGAAGCACGCUGGCGAGGCUAUGACCCCCUUCACUGAGUCUCUUGGCCAGGCUCUUGGGCGUCGUCUAACGGACCCUGAUGCUCUUGCCAAGUCGAACGCUGCCUAUGCCAUGGGUCUCCUCGUCUACACUUCUACCGACACUUCCAAGACUUUCCCCCUGUACCCUCAGAUCUGGGAGAAGCUCGAGCCUCUCAUCGCUGUCCGUGAGAUGCGUCUCACUGACAAUGUUGCCGGUGCUCUUUGCCGCAUGAUGAUGAAGAACCCCGACGCCGGCUUCGUCAGCGAGGCUCUCCCUGCCAUCGUCAAUGUCCUUCCCCUCGAAGAAGACUAUGAGGAGAACGAGCCCAUCUACAAGUGCAUCUACACUCUCUACGACCAGUCUAACCAGACUGUCCAGCAGCUUACUCCCCAGCUUCUUGGUAUCUUUGAGAAGGUCCUAUCGCCUCCCGAAGACCAGCUGGAGCCUAGCAGCCGCGAGAUUUUGCAGCGCGUCGUUGGAGUUCUCUACAAGUCUCAGCCUGACCUCCUUGCCAACCACGCUGGCUUGCUCAAGCUUGCUGGUCUGCAAUAA